AUGAAAUUUAUGGGCAAGGUGGCAGAUAUUCUAGCUGAUGCAGGACACAAUGUGACUUUCCUGCAACCAAUCCUCUAUGACUACUAUGCACAUAAAAAAGUAGUUAAAAAUUCGAAAGUGGAAGUGGUGAACUUUGAAAUGGAUGAAGAAGGAAAAGCCGCUGCCUCUGGUCCAAGUGUUUUCAAAUUCUUAUGGGAUGCCAAAAUGCCGAGCAAUCCUAUAUCUGGAGCAAAAGUGAACUCUGGGAAGCUAUACAAAGAGUUUGAACAUAUAUGUCGAAGAAUGCUAACGGACAAACAUCUUCAUGAAUGGAUUCUAUCGAAAAAAUUCGAUUCUCAUAUAUCAGAAGCCUUCGACUUUUGUGGACUUUAUCUCGGAGACUACUUGAACUUGAAAUCUCCUAUUCCUCUUUACACAGGGGUUCGAUGUGGAGCUGCAUCUUAUGCCGUCGGAGAACCAAUUCCACUCAAUUAUCUUCCUACUGAAGGCUCAAAAUAUGGAGACGAAUCGACUGCUCUUGAUAGAUUGAAUGAUAUUCUCGGACUCACUGCCUAUCAUUAUCAAUUUGCAUUGUUAUUUGAUAAGCAAUACGAUCAAGUAUUCAAGUUGACAGGAGGAAAAGUUCGAACUUGGCAAGAAAUUCUUCAACGCUCAACUUUCUUUUUGACGAAUUCGAAUUCAUAUUUGUCAUUCUCGACACCUACAAUCUCAAAAGUGAUUCAAGUUGGAGGAUGUACAAUUGAACCGCCGAAAAGUACUAAACUGGAUGAUCAUUUUGAUAAAAUACUGUCUCUCCGAAAGAAUACAAUCCUAGUUUCAUUUGGAACUGUCAUUCAAUCCUCCGACAUGCCAACUCAUUUUAAGAAUGGACUCGUCGAGACAUUUAGAAAGAUGCCCGAAACAACUUUCAUUUGGAAAUACGAGGAAGAAGACGAGAAAUUGAGGAAAGAGCUUCCAGAAAAUGUAGUCUUGAGCAAAUGGGUUCCACAACCAGCGUUGUUAGCAGAUAGUCGUCUCGGUGUAUUCGUAACUCAUGGAGGAUUGGGAAGCACGAUGGAAGUUGGGUAUGCAGGUGUUCCAAGUGUCAUGAUUCCAAUAUUCAGUGAUCAAGGGGCCAACGGAGAAAUGCUUUCUCGUCACGGCGGUGCAGUGGUUUACAGCAAAUUCGAUCUCCCCAAUAGUGAUAAACUGGUCAACACAUUCAGGAAGAUUUUGAAUAACACUGAUUACAAAAAAAAUGCACAACGACUAUCGGAUAUUCUCCAUAACCAGCCAAUGGACCCUAAACAAGUUCUUUUGAAUCAUUGUGAAUUUGUUGCUCGAUUCGGAAAAGUUGACAGUUUGGAACCUCACGCUAACAAGUAUAAUUUUAUCAAAUACUAUUGUCUUGACAGUUUAGCACUGGUUGUUUGUGUUCUGUUGACUGUGUUUCACAUGAAAUAUAUGGCUGCAUUGGCUAAUCAUUUAGCUAGAGCUGGACACAAUGUGACAUAUUUUCAACCGUUUGUCGUAGAUGACUAUCAUGAUCACAAUCUGAUUGAAGUAGAAACUAUAGAGGUCUGGAAUUAUUACCAUGAUGAAAUAGGAAUGCAACAUAUUCCAUCUGAAGCGAGUAUGCGUGACGCGUGGCAUUCAUCAAUGUAUCAGUCGGAUGUCGGAGCAGCUAUUCUUCUCUCCAGAUAUUUGUAUCCGGCAUUUGAGCACAUGUGUAGAAAAAUGUUUGAAGACACGGAUCUGCAUUUUGAUUUGAAAGGUCGUCAGUUUGACGUUGUUUUAUCGGAAGCAUUUGAUUUCUGUGGAUUAUACCUUGCAAGUUAUCUGGAAAUGCCAUCAUUGAUCUCAACAUUCACCGGGAAUAGACUGAACGCCCUGGCUCCUGUACUCGGUGAACCUUCAUUUUUACAUUAUUUACCUGCUCCAACUUCUCAAUAUGGAGAGAGAUCCACCAUUUGGGACCGAGCGAACGACGUGUGGCAUAAAAUAUUCUCGUCUUACGGAUUUGCUCAACUUUUCGAAAUGCAGUACCAGCAAGUCAAGAAGUUAACGAAUGGAAAAGUGAAACAUUGGAAAGAAAUCAUCCAUGACGUCACGUAUCACUUCUCAAACUCAAAUCCAUAUUUGGAUUUUGUCAUUCCAACGAUUCCGAAAGUUGUGCCAAUAGGAGGAAUUACUGUGGAUCAAGAUGAUUGGAAUACAAGAGAUAAUCAUUCUGAUGAAUUAGAAAAUCUAUUGAAUCAAAGAAAACAUUCUGUUUUUAUCUCAUUCGGAUCAAUGGUGAGAUCUGUAGAUAUGCCCCUUGAGUAUAAAGAGUCAAUGAUAAAAGUAUUUUUGGAUCAUCCGAAUGUUACUUUCCUUUGGAAAUAUGAGCAUCCAAAUGACCAAGAUUUGUUGAAGAAGCUCCCCAAAAACGUACACAUUGCAAAAUGGUUCUCACAGAAUUCUCUUUUAAGUGAUCGACGAGUAGACCUUUUCGUGACACACGGAGGGCUCGGUAGUACAAUGGAACUGGCAAACGCAGCGAAACCGGCGAUAGUGAUUCCUCUAUUCGCUGAUCAACCUGGAAAUGCAAAGAUGAUAGAACGUCAUCGAAGCGUUGUAGUAUACUCGAAACUCGACAUUCCGAACUGGAAAAAGCUGAGCAACUUGCUACGGAAAAUGCUGAAUACUGACGUUUAUCAAGAACAUGCAAAUCGACUAGCAGAUACACUCCGAUUUCAACCUAUUUCGCCAGCGGAUCUCAUGGUUAAACAUGCAGAAAAUGCGGCUCGUUUUGGCAGAAUGCCAAACCUAGUACCUUAUGCCAAAGACAUGGGUCUUGUUGAGUUCUAUAAUUUGGAUCUUUUAUUUUUACUGAGUUUAUUUACUUGGACCUACUUUCAACCUUUUGUGAUAGAAGCGUAUCAAAAUCACAAACUUCUCAAGAACAAUUCUAUAGAAGUGAUCAAUUACUGGCAUGAUGAGGAAGGUCGAAAGCAUAUGCCUCCUAGUAAUGAUCUCCACGAUGCUUGGUAUUCUGGAAAGUAUCAAUCAGCUAUCGGUGCAGUUACUGAAAUGCCGCAGUUCCUAUAUUCAGCUUGGGAACAUAUGUGUAGGAAAAUAUUCCAAGACACCGAACUUCAUAUUAUGUUAAAACAAAAAAGUUUUGAUGUCGUCAUUGCGGAAACCUUCGAUUUCUGUGGAUUAUAUCUUGCCGAUUACAUCGAGUCCAAAUCUAUCAUAUCUGUGUUCACUGGUAGCCGCCUGCUAGCUAUCACAACUCCUCUUGGUGAACCUUCAUGGCUUCACUAUUUCCCUGCUCCGAGUUCUGAUAGUUUCGGACCUGGAGCUUCGAUAUUUGAUAGAAUUAAUGAUUUGUAUCAUAAAUAUGUAUUCGGUAACGGAUAUACUAUUGUUUUUGAUUGGCAAUUCAAUCAAAUUGCGAGGCUGACAGGAGGAAAAGUUAGAUAUUGGAAAAAAAUCCUCCGAGAUGUCACAUUUCAUUUUUCAAAUUCGAAUCCAUAUCUUGAUUUUUCUGUGCCAACUAUUCCGAAAGUAAUUCCAAUCGGAGGAUUCGACAUGGAUGAAACUGUGGAUACAUCACUUCCGAAGGAGUUUGAAGAAAUCUUGAAUAAACGUUCGUUGACAGUAUUUGUAUCUUUUGGUUCGAUGGUAAAAUCAAAGUUCAUGCCGAAUCAUUAUAAAGAAGCCAUGACAAAAAUGUUCGCUGCGAAUUCUCAAAAUAUAACAUUUUUAUGGAAAUAUGAAGACUUGAAAGAUCAAUUUCUAAUUGACCGUCUGCCUGAAAAUGUUAUUCUAAAGGAUUGGUUCCCACAGAGAGCUCUUCUUGCUGAUAAGCGAGUGAAACUGUUUAUCACCCACGGAGGACUUGGAUCCACCAUGGAAUUGGCUUACGCUGCGAAACCUGCAAUCAUGAUUCCACUAAUCGCCGAACAACCAGACAAUGGAAAAAUGCUUCAACGACAUGAAUCAGUCGAAGUAUAUUCCAAAUACGAUAUUCCUGACUGGCAGAAAUUGAACUCUGUUCUUCACAAGGUACUCACAAACAAAUCAUAUCAGAAAUCGGCGAAUCGACUAGCACAAGUAUUGAAGAAUCAACCGAUCAAGCCACGAGAUCUUCUGGUCAAACACGCCGAGAUGGCUGCGAAGUUUGGAAAAAUGCCAGAGUUGACUCCAAAUGUUCAAGAAAUGGGAAUCAUUGAGUUUUAUAAUUUGGAUAUUAUUGCUUUGUGUUUGUUAAUAAUCGUAACAUUCAUGUAUAUUGUAUGGACUUAUAUUCGCAACAGUAUUCGACUGAAAUCGAAGUUGGAUUGA